GUGAAAUGUCUAAUUGUCAACCAGAAACGUCACAUUUUGUGAUAUUUCACUUUUCGCGUCAUUUUUAAUAAAGUAGAAAAAUAAAUCAACAAAUACAUAAAUAACUCAUUUCUUCAACAUCAGUUGCAUAGAAGUGUACCUGCUAAAUUGCCAUAUAAUUAAUGAGUUAUUGCUCAACAUGGCAUAUACUGAAAAAGUGUCACUGAGCGGCACUGCAUUAUCCUUUUUAUUAUACGAAUGUGUAAAUUCAGUAAAUUGCCAGGAGGGAUUUCUGAUUGGGGACGUGACUUCUGAAAUAACUAAUCACAUAUCUGACUCACAAAGCGAUAACGCCCGGUUGGACACUCAAAUAGUCAUAAGAACUGUCCUGCCUUUACCCUCGGUGUCCUUGUUUUACCUACCAACCGGUAGAAUAAAGGAGGAUGUACUAUCAAAUUUACUUUCAAAUACCGCAAAUGAGAUUGUUGGUUGGUACAAAUACCGAAAAAAUAGUUCGGUAAAACCUACGUUUAGAGAUAGACUAAUAUCCAAAGGACUGCAAAAGUAUUUUGAAAAGCACCAUGGAAGAAAAAACUUUGCUACCUGCAUAUUAUCGAGCAAAACUUCAUCUUCCGCAUCUACACACACAUUUACCUACAGAUUUGGUAAAAUCAAUUGCUUUGACAUUUAUGAAUACAUUGAGGAUGUGACAGCAAAUCUGGGGGAGAAGUUGACGGGCUACAAGAAGCCCCACAGGUUGUCACCGCAUAGCAUUUUCAAUAAAAUUGUAAAGGACAGCAAUGUGCAGAGUAAUAACACAACAGAAGCAAUUCUGAGGAUACAGGAGGCAGUCGAUGUCCGGCUUCUUAAGGAAGCUCGAAUAGCAGCUAAGAAUGAAAGCACAAUCAGAGAGCUAGAAGCUGAAAUCAAACAAAUGAAUGCUAUUCUGUCUGACAAGCAAUGUGAAGACCUGCAAGCGAGCUAUAAUAAAAGUUUAGAGGAGAAGUUCAUGAACAGAGAAGUGGAGAUGGCUGAAGCAUGUGUGCAAGCACUGGCUACACCUUCACGAGUGGACAUUUUGAGUGUCCCAAAUAUUCUGCUCCAUAGUAACAACCUUAUUGAGCGUGACAACCCACCUCCAUCUAGGAAUGAGGCUGAAAGAAGUACCAGCCCUUUACUAAUAUCAAGUUCAGUGAAACAGCCCAAGUUAAAUUACGCAGCUGCUGUGAAGACAAGUACACAACCAUCGACCAGUAAACCAAACAACCACAUUGACGACCUCAUAAGUUUUGAUGUGGAUGACAACAGAGUAAACAACAAGCAGACGAUCAUCAUCAAUGAUGAUGUGAAACAUUUAGGUGACAGUUCCCCAGAGUACUGACCAGUGCCUUAACUUAUUCGAUAGUGUUAAGUUUCCCUACUCUAAUCAAACACUAUCAUAGGUGGACCAAAAACUGACAUUCAGUUUGUUACAUUUUUUAUUUAUACAUUCUGCUCACAUGGUCUGAAGAACUGUUGGAACCCUGUUUCUUUCCUUUACCCCUUGCUUGGUGCAUUGCGAUGGACUGUAGGUAGCUUUCCCUGCGUUUGGUUGGUCAUAGAGUCAUAGAGACAAUAAAUUUCAUGCAAUCUCUAUUGCAUGCCCACAAUUACAUUGCUGUCCUGCUCGCAAUGGCAUUGCCCACCGGCAUCAUCAACCGGACAGCAAUAUAAUGAUGCACGUAUCGCGAGUGAAAAAGAUUUAGGAAAUAAUGGGUCAACAAACAAAAUUAAGCUUAGAAUAAAUUUAAAAGUGGAAAAAUUACUAUCUUGGGUGAGACUGGACCUCACGGCCACUGGAUCGAUACUCCAGCGCUCUGCCAUCUGAGCUACCAAGACCUCAUCCAUAGGCAUUUAAAUUUAUUAGCAUCAUUCGCAGAUAUUUCUGCUUGUUAAAAAUUUAUUUAACAAACAAAAUUCUUUGUGCUUUGCAUCCAUACUUUAGAAGGCACCAAAUUUUUUAAAUUUCAUUGAUGCUUAAGCAUUUUCUGCAGCAGGUUCUGUUAAUUGAAGAUACCUGUGAGAAAAUGUAGAAAUAUAACACUCAAAUUAUCAAUUAUCUCUUAAUGUCAGUUGUUGGGACACCAAACACCAGUGUAAAUGAACUAUCUUCAUUAAGUUCUCUUAGUUAUUUGAAAUAUUACUUGUUCCAUUGUUUCAAGAUUCGUUAAUUCUGUUCGUAAAUACAAAUCCCAUUAUUUUGUAUGUUACAUUGAUGUUGAAAGUUGUUACUUAAUGAAUCUAAUGAUCGUUUUUAUAUAUUUCGUGUACAUAUCUUAAUUAUUGCUGUUAUGGCCGUUAAAAUAUAUCUGCUUUAACAUUUAAUGCGCUCGCAAACUCAUACUCACUAAGUAAUUAUAAGACUUUCUUCUUUGAAGUAUAUUCAGUCAGGCCAGUUUGCAAAAUAUCAUCACUCAUCCAUCACCACGAUUUGCAAAUUCUUAUUUAACUUACGUCUAUUAUUAAUUUUUUUUCCUAGCGUUGUCCCGGCAUAUUGCCACGGCUCAAGGGAGCCUGGGGUCCGCUUUGACAUGUUUACUUAAAUAUAUUGGGGACUUUGUGAUCUUAAAAAGCAAUUUACUAAGGGAAACUUAUUUUAUGAUUGUGGACCUGUCAGUUUAGCCUAUACCAUACUGAUACCACGUGUUGAGAACGUAUUUUCAAUAUAUCACAAUGCUAUUCAUAUACCUAUUAAGAAUACAAGAUUAUUCAUAUUUCAGUUUAAGUUUGUUUACUUAAUUUGAUUACCAUUAGCUAUUAUACCACUAGUAUUUAAUUCUCGACAUAUAGGUAAACAUGUACAAGAUAUUUUUGUAAUUAUUUGUUUAUAAAACUCUAAACUUAUGUUUUAUUUCAACUAUUGUUAAUUUUCUCUUCGCUCAAUUAUAAUGAAACAAGAAAUUAAUACGAA